AUGGCCGAAUCUCCGGGCUCUCCUCUCUCCUCCAUCGCUUCCGACGACAUGUCGGACCGCGAGACUGAAAAGCUGCCCUUCUCACCCUCGGCCUCCAACCUACCUCCCUCCAAACGUCGCCGGACCGGCGUCGCGUCCUGGGAUCGCAACACCCCCGUCUCCACCACCUUCCAGGAUGAGAUUCCCCCGCCUUCUCCCUCGUCUACCAUCUCGUCCGACUCCUCUGGCGACAUCCCCAACUCUCCCGGCACCUGGGCCCUGAUCGGCGGCAGCCAGGAUGACGACUAUACCGGCCAAGGCAACGACCAGGUCACCGUGUGUCGCUGGGAUGGAUGCGAUGUUGGCGAUCUGGGAAACAUGGAUGAUCUGGUCCAACACAUUCACAACGACCACGUCGGCAGCCGGCAGAAGAAGUACUCCUGCGAAUGGUCCGAUUGCACUCGAAAGGGACAAACGCACGCCAGCGGCUACGCACUGCGCGCCCACAUGAGAAGCCACACCAGAGAGAAACCUUUCUAUUGCGCGCUACCAGAAUGUGACCGCAGCUUCACCCGAUCAGACGCCCUCGCAAAACACAUGAGAACCGUUCAUGAGACCGAGGCCCUUCGCCCCUCUGACCCGGUACCCAAGCAUCAUAACGUCUCCGCAUCCACGGCCGGCACCCCUGCCGGAACGCCAGCUAGCAAGCUCCAACGCAUCAAGCUGAAGCUUACGCAACCCAAGGAGGACCCAGAUCGGUACAGUGAAAGCGCCAACGACGAAACCGCAAACACAGACCUCGACGAGCUCGAGGACCCCGAGUUAACCUUAGACCUGGGAUUCGAUGAGCACGAGCUCACGCUUCCUCCCUCACAACUGUACCGAGUCCUGCGGCGACAGAUCCACUGGGCCGAGAAAGAAGGAGGAAAGCUACGCGCCGAGUGGGAGAAGAUCCAACCCAAGCGAAAGCAUACUUGGUUGGAGAAAGACGCCAUCUUUGACGAUGUCAUCGACGCUCAGCUCCGACUCUUUACUGCUUUGGUGGGCAGUGAUAACGGGCCUGCGCCUGUCGCAACCUCCGCCGUCACGAAUGGUGCGGAAAAUGCCCAAAAGCCAUCCGAUCCUGUUGAAAAAGAGGCACUCUCCAAUGCAGACGCGGGGCCUGUUCCUUCAUGA